AACACAAAAAAGGAUAAGCCUUUUCAUGUAAACAAAACCUAACCCACGUACCCACAACCCCUCUCUUCUCCUUUGUCUCAGGGCUCCAAGAAUCCAUUUCCACCAUGGCUUGCUCAAAUCUUACAAUGUGGGUGUCCUCAAAAGGGUCUUUUUCCGACCCAUCUUCCCUCUCCUUCCGCUCCUCCAUCACCCCAUAUCAGCUUCCUUGUCCCAAUUCCGGCACCGGUAACCAUUCCAGAUCCUCCUCUGUCACCCCGAUCCACUGCGGUCUCCGUGAGUUAAAAACUCGUAUUGGUUCCGUUAAAAACACCCAGAAGAUCACUGAGGCCAUGAAGCUUGUGGCCGCCGCGAAAGUCAGGCGAGCACAGGAAGCUGUUCUUAGCGGCAGACCCUUCUAUGAAACCCUGGUGGAAGUUCUUUACAACAUCAACGAACAGAUUCAGGAUGAAGACAUAGACCUUCCUCUGACAAAGAUCAGGCCGGUAAAGAAAGUUGCCCUCGUUGUCGUCACCGGCGAACGAGGUCUCUGCGGUGGGUUCAACAAUGCAAUCAUCAGAAAAGCAGAAGCAAGAAUUGAAGAAUUGAAGGAUCUUGGAGUGGACUACACUCUUGUCAGCGUAGGGAAGAAGGGUAACGCAUAUUUCCUGCGCAGACCGUAUAUUCCCGUUGACAGGUACGUCGAGGCCGGUUCCCUGCCGACGGCUAAAGAAGCUCAGGAGAUUUCCGACCAUGUUUACUCUAUGUUUGUUAGCGAAGAAGUCGAUAAAGUCGAGCUCUUGUACACAAAGUUCGUCUCUUUAGUGAAAUCCGACCCUAUUGUUCACACCCUUCUUCCUCUCUCACCAAGGGGAGAAAUCUGUGAUGUGAACGGAAACUGUGUGGAUGCGGCGGAGGAUGAAUUCUUCCGGCUGACUACCAAGGAUGGGAAACUGACCGUGGAGAGAGAUGUAGUGAGAAUAGAGAUCGAGAAAUUCUCUCCAAUUUUCAAGUUCGAACAGGACCCUGUCGAGAUUCUUGAUGCUCUGUUGCCUCUGUAUCUUAACAGCCAGGUUUUGAAGGCUCUCCAGGAAUCCCUGGCAAGUGAGCUUGCUGCUAGGAUGAGUGCCAUGAGCAACGCAACUGAUAAUGCGGCCGAGUUGACGAGGAACUUGUCCAUUGUCUACAACCGGGAGCGUCAAGCUAAGAUCACCGGAGAGAUAUUGGAGGUGGUCUCCGGCGCCAAUGCUUUGACCUGAGUAGGAAUUUAGGCUUUGCGUUUGUUUGUACGUAUAAAUUUUACCUCAUGCCUAAAUAUAUAUAUGUUUCUUGUUAAGAACAAUUGGGUGAUAAAGAUUGUUUUUUGCAAUACAAUUCUCACUGGGUA